AUGUUAGUCCCAAGUAUGUUCAUCUUUUGCCCCACGGGCGAGCCUCUCCUGGAACAGUCCAGUCGGCGAGGAGCCGUCCGCUGGGUUAGCGUAACUUUCACCACGGAGGAAAAGAAACUGGCAGAUACUCGUCUGAUGCAAAUCAUGGAACAGGCCUGCCGCGACGGGAGGGCGAUCAUUACGUUGUCCCCUUUGCAUCAUGAUGGUCUUGAUUGUCUGUCUCUCCCUGUUUACGGUGCUAACCUUUCAGAUAAGAUGGUUCGUUGGUUUGCUUCGCACAAUGCUUGGCUGCGGUACAAGGAUAUCUUAGAUGGCUUGGUUCGUCUUGACCGGGAUCGUAUCUUUAGUACUGAGGCCGCGACGGCACUGUCGGUGACUAUCGAAGAUUAA